GUGUAACCUUAACCAGAGCACAAAAUGGCGAAAUUGUGCUUUUCUUUUCUGUUUUGUUUUUUUUUAAACCGAAAUAGUUGAGGGGUUUACGGAAAGAAAGGUGUUUGAAAUCGCCAUCGAGCCACGGGGAGUUCUCGCAUUUGAUCGUUUUGCUCUUGUUAAAGGACGUGAGGCCUCGGUGAAUGGAGGCCAAGCUCCUGUGAUGCCGAUUCGCCGAGCAGCAGCAACUCCGACCCAGGAGAAGCCUCUCUCGGCCGCAGCAGAGACAGGGCCAGAGAACGCCUCCGAGGAGUCUCCGGCCGCCGGAGGGGAGCAGCCCGCGGCCUCCGCGGAGGCCACCGGCAAGGGCGACGCGACGACGGGCGACUCGGCCGAGCCGGCGGAGAACGGCGAGAAGGUGGACGAAGAGGCUGCCGACAAGUCCGACGACGGGACGGUGAAAAAAGAUUUAUCCGGACAGAGUGGCAAAUGCAAGGACUGCGUGGCUGGCCAGUGCGCAACACACUGCUAUGUUCUGCUGCUAAGGCUGAAGGACGGCUACAAGUACAAGAAAGCCAAAGUCAAGAAGGUGAAGAGGACCAUACCGGUGUGGGCCAGCGUUAGCACCAGAAAGAAGCUUCCGGUCGCCAACUACGCCGGCACGCACAACAGAUUGGACCAUCUCCUCAUCGAAGCCAUCACGUCUUUUAAUCACAGGUCGGGAGUUUCCUACCAGUCGGUCAUGAAGUACAUUGCCAAAAAGUGCCCCGAGAUGGAGCUGGACAAGAAGAAGUUUCACAUCAAGAAGGCCAUGAAGAAGCAACUGGAGAAGGGCACCAUCAAGCAGCUGAAGGGCAAAGGCCUCUCGGGAACUUUCACCAUCGGGAAGCAGACGUCCACCUCCAAAAAGGCGGGCUCGAAGCAGGAGGCCCUGGGAGACGCGCUGCCGCUCAUCAUCACGCGUUUGUGCGAGCCCAAAGAGGCGUCGUACCUGCUGAUUAAGAAGUACCUGGAGCAGCACUUCCCCAGCCUUAACAUCGAGAACAGGCCAGAAGUCCUGAAGUCGGCCCUCGUGAGGGCAGUGGAACGAGGGCAACUGCAACAGAUCACCGGGAAGGGAGCUUCCGGGACAUUCCAGCUGAAGCGUACUGGCAACCAGGUGCUGCUCAAGGGCGGCACCUUGGAGGACGCCAUCUUGGCUGCCAUCACGGCCAUGAACGAGCCCAAGACGUGCAGCACCACGACGCUGCGCAAGUAUCUGCUUGACGCCAACAAGGACACUAAGGAGUACCAGCUAGUGGCCAACCUGAGGAGGACCCUGACCAAGUGUAAAGUCCUCGGCUGGAUGGAACAGAUCACCGGUCACGGUUUCACGGGGACCUACCGGCUCUGCUUUCCGUUCUACCCCAGCCCGACCACUCUGUACCCGGACAAAUUCAACAAGACGUCGACCGAGCCGUCCUCCAGGCCCAGGCGGAGAGCGGCGUCUGAGGAGGACGAGGAAGAGGAGGAGUCUGGGGGGGAGGAAGAAGAAGAGAAGGAAGAGGAAGAAGCGCCCGUGUGGAAGAGGAGCCCAAAGAGACCCCCUCCCAGAGUCAGUCAUCCCCCGACAGCCAAGAAGGCCAGCAGAGGGCCGGGACGCGCCGCGGCUAAAACGGCUCCCCCCAAGAAAACUCCGGCCAAGGGCGCGACUAAAUCCAAGGCGUCGCCUUCUAAAGCCGCCACGCCCGUCAAGAGGCGACCGCCGGCCAAGAGGCCGAAGACGCCCGCUGUCAAACGUCUGAGCAAACGUGGCUCCAAGCGACCCGACACCCCAGAAAAGUCGCCGGAGGAGGAGGAGGAGGAGGAACCCCAAUCGGAAGAGGAGUCCGUGGCCCCGAAGAAGAAGCAGGCCACGGGCAAGCGAUCGCCGGCCAAGCGGCCCACCAAAAAAGGCGGCGCCAAGAAGUCCGAGCAGGAAGAGGCCACCCCAGAGAAGCCCGACACCAAGAAGGCGUCGGGCAGAGGCGCCACCAAGCGCUCCGGCGCCAAGUCCGCCCCGGAGGAGCCCGAGGCCAAGAAGCCGUCGGGCAAGGGCGCCGCCAAGCGCUCCGGAGCCGAAUCCGUCCCCGAGGAGCCCGACGCCAAAAAGGCGGCGGGCAGAGGCGCCACGAAAGCCUCCGGUGCCGGCGAGAGCGAGCUGCCUCCCGCCGAGAAAGCGGCGCCGGCUGGCAAGCGCUCGGCCAGGAAGUCCAAGAAAGGAAAGAACUGAGGUGCCGCUGAGUGCCACUUUCAUCAGCGCUUUCCCUUUUCAUGGGGCAGUAGUUCCUUUUUUUUUGUUGUUGUUGUUGUUGUUUUUUGUCAUUUCCACCGUAGUUGGAAAAGGUCCUUCCACCACACUUUACUUUUGAAUCCACGUGUAGAUAAGCUCAGCUCAUCUUGGGCCUGACAUCCUGUAACUAGAGCCAUGUAGUUUUAUUUAUUUUGUUUUGGUUUUUUUUUUUUUUUACCUGGUCCGCUCUGUUUUGGCAGCUGGUGUUUUUCCAGGAAGCGACGCGGUCAUCUGCCCGUCCCGACACUGCGGAUCCGAGAAGCAGACGUUCUGCCUUUUCAGAUCAAAACUCUUUGUUGGCCAUUUCAAAAAAAAAAAAAAAGGAAAAAAAAAUUCUGUACAUGUCGCUGUUCUUCAUCUACAUCCAAACAUCAGAUGUCCCUUUGUUUGUUUUUUUAUAUAAAUAUAUAAAUAUAUAUAUACAUGUGAUUAGAAAACUGUUUUUAAUCCUCCACAGCUGUAAUUCCGUGCGCAGCUUCGUGUUGUCAUUCCCCCCUGCAUGCAUACGUAUUCCUCGUGUUCAGCCUUUUUUCCAAGUCAUUAAUAAAAAUGGCUCUUUUUACAUGA